UUCACAAGAUAGAGUAGUGAGUUAGGCACGAUUCCUACUACCAGAGGCUUAGAGCAUAGGAAAGACUGAAAGUAAGCAACUGUCUACAAUAGUGGGAUAAGUGAAGAGUUUCCAGGUCUGUGGAGUUUGUUGUUGAAAUAUCAGCUCCAGGCCUUAGAAGCCGGCAGCAAUUCAUUAAGAGAUCCCGGACUUGUUUCUGCUCUGUAUCCCGGACAAGGAGCUCCGUCCCCAAGGUGUUUUGUUAGAGCCAGAGACCUCUCCUUGGUUGACUCCAUUCGUCAGCCCCACAUGUCCCUGUCUCUGGUCUUUUUCACGGUUUCCGGCAGCUCUCUGACAGUUCCCCUUCUGCCCCAGGUCGACACUUAGGCCAAGGACCAGGGAUUACUCACAACUAUCCGCCAGAGCUGGCUCCGCCCUUUCUUUUUCCUGUUUAAAAUCCGCGGGCUCUUAGUGUUCUCGGUUCGUAGAGUUCCUGUUCUGAUUCUCGCGACAGUUGCGAGGCCACGCGUGAAGUUCCCUUCUAGUCCCUCUUUCGAAUUUGAGACCAGGAGAGAGUGUCUGCCCUUGCCCCCCUCCUCAGAACCCCUCUCGCCAGGGAUGGCGCCUACGUGGCUCGGGAGCCCCUGAAUGAAUGGGGUUGGCCCAACUCAGGGGCGCUCUCCGAAAGGAGAGUGCCGGUUGGAUUCCAGGGCUCCAGUGCGCAUGCGGAGUCGAUCCCGCGCAAGCGGGCGGGCACCACAGCCAGGCCUUGUGGGCGGAGCCUGGCUAAGUGCCGCCCCCUCGCCGGCAGCCGAUUUCUGUCCCCCGCCCCCAGCGAGCUGGACUGCGCCGCAGCUUCUCUGAGCCGCUUGGGGCCGUCCGGGGAGGGGCCUGCGCGACCCGGGUUUGGCGGGCGGGCCCCCAGGAAUGCUCUCCUCCCCGCCCCCGGCCCAAAGUGCCACGGUGGCAGUGGUGGCGGCCGCGAGGCCGAGUGCCUCCGGCCCUGCCAGCCUCGCAACCGUAACCUGUAAUCCCGACCCGAGGGACGCCCGCCUGGGAGGCCCAGCCCGCCUCUCCCUGCGGCCGCUGGUUAGCUCCGACCCCGCAUCACCCGGCUCACCCGCGGGUUGCAGCACCUGCCGGAUGUGGGGAGGAAGGAGGAGGCCAGAUGAGGGAAGGCAGAUGUAGGCGCCCAGUCUGUCAGCGCCUCGGUGGGGGAGCUGGGUGGGCAAGCCUGCAGUCGCUCCCAGGAACCAGCCCUGGGCUGCGGGGAGGCGAAGUUGGUUGGUCCUGCCCUCCAGGGGCGCCCCGACAUCGACGUAAAAUGACUUGGCAGCAGAGCUCCUGCCGCUUCCCCCUUAUGCAGCUGCCCUCGCCGACGCCAGGGACUGUAAAGGCAGAUGGGACAGGGCCUAGCCGUUCAGCCAACACUUUCAGCUUCCCAGCCAAACUCCUACCCCCACUCCCCGCCUCUGGUCCUCACCCCCUUCCUCUCUCCUAGCCUCGGUGUCUGGUUACGGCUCCUCUGCUCGCACUGUGACUUUGGGCCAGGCUGGGAGAAAUGACCCGGGAGGGUCCCGUGUGGCUACAUAAAAUUGGCAGCCUUAGAACCAGUGGGAAGGCGGGUGCGCUAAAUCGAGGGGCGGAGAGAGGGGGCGGAGGAGCUAUUUUCUGAAUCCGAGUCCGUGGGCUCUCUCAGAAGUCCUCAGGCCGGAGCAGAGGUGGCUGGCGGGCCCGGCUGACUGCGCCCCUGCUUUAUUUCCAUAACCUUUUCUUUCGGACUCGAAUCACGGCUGCUGCGAAGGGCCUAGUCCCGGACACUAGGGUGCCACGAACGCGCUGAUGCCCCAAGUGCUCGCAGGGCUUCCCGCUAACCAUGCCGCCGCCGCCCGCAGCUGCCUUGGCGCUGUCUGUGCUCCUGCUACUGCUGAUGGUGCGGACGCCGCUCCCGACCGGCGCAAGGCCGUCGUCAGGCCCAGAUUACCUGCGGCGCGGCUGGCUGCGGCUGCUAGCGGAGGGCGAGGGCUGCGCUCCCUGCCGGCCAGAAGAGUGCGCCGCGCCGCGGGGUUGCCUGGCGGGCUGGGUGCGCGACGCGUGCGGCUGCUGCUGGGAAUGCGCCAACCUCGAGGGCCAGCUCUGCGACCUGGACCCCAGUGCUCACUUCUACGGGCACUGCGGCGAGCAGCUUGAGUGCCGGCUGGACACAAGCGGCGACCUGAGCCGCGGAGAGGUGCCAGAACCGCUGUGUGCCUGUCGCUCGCAGAGCCCGCUCUGUGGGUCCGACGGUCACACCUACGCCCAGAUCUGCCGCCUGCAGGAGGCGGCCCGCGCUCGGCCCGCUGCCAACCUCACUGUGGCACACCCGGGGCCCUGCGAAUCGGGGCCCCAGAUCGUAUCACAUCCAUAUGACACUUGGAAUGUGACAGGGCAGGAUGUGAUCUUUGGCUGUGAGGUGUUUGCCUACCCCAUGGCCUCCAUCGAGUGGAGGAAGGAUGGCUUGGACAUCCAGCUGCCAGGGGAUGACCCCCACAUCUCUGUGCAGUUUAGGGGUGGACCCCAGAGGUUUGAGGUGACUGGCUGGCUGCAGAUCCAGGCUGUGCGUCCCAGCGAUGAGGGCACCUACCGCUGCCUUGCCCGCAAUGCGCUGGGUCAGGUGGAGGCCCCUGCUAGCUUGACAGUGCUCACACCUGACCAGCUGAAUUCUACAGGCAUCCCCCAGCUGCGAUCACUAAACCUGGUUCCGGAGGAGGAAACUGAGAGUCAAGAGAGUGACGAUUACUACUAGCUCUGGCCCAUGGGGGUGGGUGAGCAGCUAUAGUGUUCAUCCCUGCUCUUGAAAAGACCUGGAAAGGGGAGCAGAUUCCCUUCAUGGACUGCUUUCAUGGGGAUGAUCAUGGGAGGCCUAUUUAACUCCAAGGUAGCAGGGUGGUAGGGGAGAGACAAAAGCUGGAGGAGGUUAGGGAGAGAGGCUGAGACCAAGACCAGUGGGGUAUAAAGGGGCCCAUGCAGGAGAUGCCCUGGCCAGUAGGACCUCCAACAGGUUGUUCCCCAGGCUGGGAUGGGGGCCAGAGCAGACACGGAGGUGCAGGCACCAGGAUUCUCCACUUCAUCCAGCCCUGCUCCGCCACACUUCUAACUGCCCUUCCUCCCAGGCCCUGGUUCUUGCUAUUUCCUGGUCCCCAACGUUUACCUAGCUUGUUUGCCCUUUCCCCAAACUCAUCUUCCAGAACUUUUCCCUCUCUCUUAAGCCCCAGUUGCACCUACUGACUGCAAGUCCCCUUUGCUGUCUGCCCUCUUUUGCACAAGAGAGAGCACAGCAGAGUGUGGCUUAGUUCAGUGCAGAGAGAUGGGUGAGGCCAGCUCCAGAUCUUAUACCGCUCUGUACUGGACAAAACCUAGCACAGGACUAGGCACCAAUAAAGAUUUCUAAUGAUGCACAGACAGAUGCACAGACAGUUUAUGCGGAUGUGCACAUGAAAACUGAAUAUCCCUGGGAGGCCUCCCACACUAACAGAACUCUGGCUUCUAGAAGCUGCAGGGCCUGCUCUCUAAGCACAUGCCUGCCAGAUGUACAGAGAGAAGGUUUGAACUUGGGCCUAUCCUGCCUUUGAGGGAGGGAGGCUGGAGCCAUUUGGUUGGAGGGAAGUUAUCUUCCCGGUAUGCCCUCCAUUGGGGCUGGUAUACAUUACCUGCUUCUGUGCUCAUCUUACUCCAAACCCUUUCCCAGGCCAGAAUGGGGAAUCAGGCCUAUGUGGGUAGGCCCCCAAAAUGAAUGCAUAGAGAGAGGAGGGUAGAAGUUUGGUCACCUGUGUGGUCCAUACUCUUCCCCAGCUCCCAUAGGAAUCUACCCUUUUCCUGCAGAAGCCAGAGCCAUGGUAAGCCUGUUUCCUAUCUGCCCCAAUUGUGACCUGUCCUCUCUGGCUUGGGGUCCCCAAAUCUCUUUCCUCAUUCUCCUUACCUAGCUCAGGGACACUGGUGAGACUCAAUGUUUAUUUAAUGACUGACGGAGAGAAUGAAAGCAUAAGUCAGUGAGGCCGAGACACUGUGUGUGGAUGGCGACAGCCUCCUACACGCCAGCGCUCCACCCAGAUCCUGGCGCCACUGCGGGAGGGCCUGCCCUUGGCUCAGCGUCAGAGUUUGUCCUCUGGGGCCCAACGCAGGGAGCCUGGCCUCAUGGGAGGGGCGUGGUCCGGAACUCCAACCCCAGGGCCUGCUUGGCCGCCCCUCCCGCGGCUACGCACUACUCCAUCUACUGCUGCCUUGCCCCGGGUCCUUAAGCCAGCGACAGUGUUUAUUGCCGAACCCAGGCUGGAGCCGGGCGGCCCCAGGAGCCGCGCACAACAGCGCAAGCGGGUUGGAUACUGGGAGCCGAUUCCAGGGCACCCACAGAAGCAGAAUCAGAGGGGUAGGCGGGGGUGGGGCGUGCUGUUCGGCACCGUGGCCAAAAUCCACUCGGCGCUGAAAGAGGGAACUUGGGUGUGAGUCCCAGCAUCGGCCAGGGAAUCCGCCCCUAGCUUGUUCUUCGCCCAGCUGGGCUCCAAGGCGCCCUCUGCGGGCCCAUAGCCCCUACCGCGUCCACCUGCAGAGCAGAGGCUCCUCACCAAAAGCCCACCCCACCAGAGAGGGUCACGCAGGUCCCGGGGAAUCCGUACUCCUUGAUCGCGUUAGCCGACUUUGUAGGUGUUCAGGAGCAGCCUCCUAGCAGCCUCAGUUUUCCCUUCCGCCGCCCUGCUGGUUCAAGCCCCACAUCCUGGAAUGGGAGAACUGUUGUCCACCGCCCCCUCCCUCCCCGCACCCCGCCUCUGCUGCAGCGGACCCGCUUUAAUAACGUCGCUGGAAAGUGACACGCGAUUUAUUAUUAAAGUAAUGCGGGCGCGGGGACGGGAAAGGUUUAAUAAACGUGCUGAGAUGCC